AGCAGCAUGGUCAACAGGAAGUGGGGUCCGUUUGAGCACAGAUACAGAUUAUAGCAAGUAGACUAUGGGCCAUCCUCUACUUUCACAGAAGAGUAUGAUGAGGUUGUCAUCCCUGCUUACAAUGGAGGUGUGUCAAAGAGUAAUGAUAGAUCUAGGAAUGUCUGCAGACAGAAUCACUAUCAUCAGGCGAGAAGCAAACAAACAGUACAUGCCAGAGGAGUUUCUGCUGUUACUGACGUGGUGCCAGGGCGUCCGGGGAACCAAGGACGACUGUGACGUCAUCAAGGACAUAGAGGUGGCUUUGCAGCAUAUAGGGAGGAGAGAUCUGGCUUUGAAAAUAGCUAAAGCCAGAAAAGAAAAAAGGGAAAUUGAUAACCAGGAUGUUUACGAUUAGAUCUUGACGUGGCAUCAACCUACCUCCAUCUUACCACUGUCAUGGUUUGGUCAGAGUCACUGGACUGUCGGGUCUAGUUCAGUGAUAUUGUAGAGCAAGCUAGGCAUCAAUCAACCUCCAUCUGACCACCGUCAUGACUUGGUCAGAGCCAGGGUCCAGUUCAGUGAUAUUGUAGAGCAAGCUAGGCAUCAAUCAACCUCCAUCUGACCACUGCCAUGACUUGGUCAGAGUCAGGGUCCAGUUCAGUGAUAUUGUAGAGCACGCUAGGCAUCAAUCAACCUCCAUCUUACCACCGUUAUGACUUGGUCAGAGUCAGGGUCCAGUUCAGUGAUAUUGUAGAGCAAGCUAGGCAUCAAUCAACCUCCAUCUGACCACUGUCAUGACUUGGUCAGAGCCAGGGUCCAGUUCAGUGAUAUUGCAGAGCAAGCUAGGCAUCAAUCAACCUCCAUCUUACCACCGUCAUGACUUGGUCAGAGUCAGGGUCCAGUUCAGUGAUAUUGUAGAGCACGCUAGGUUAUGGACAAUCUUAUAGACUGACACCGAUAGUAUUUGUGCAAUAUCGACAUUCCCAAAAUGUUCUCUCGACCCAAAUUCCACGUUUUGUCCCCUGGGUGUUCUGGAGGUGUGUGUAUGUGCAAGGAAAAUUGUUUGAGACAGUUUUCAGUCUGCACUUGAAAAUAGAUGUAUUCCCCUGAAUGGAGAGCAAAGCAAUAUGUUAAGAUUGAGGAUUCAAUAUUUCAUGGAACAUCAAUCAGCCAGUGAACGAGUUAUUUUACUAUCAGUUUUAUCAGGUUUAUGUUCGGAGUGGAGAGUGUGGAACAGAUUUGAUACGUGUCGAUUGUGGCGUAUCCACAGAACCCACUUCACUCACAAAGAUGGAGAGUGUGGAACAGAUUUGAUACGUGUCGAUUGUGGCGUAUCCACAUAACCCACUUCACUCACCAAGAUGGAGAGUGUGGAACAGAUUUGAUACGUGUCGAUUGUGGCGUAUCCACAGAACCCACUUCACUCACCAGGAUUGAGAGUGUGGAACAGAUUUGAUACGUGUCGAUUGUGGCGUAUCCACAUAACC